AUGGCCAGAAAAAAUUCUACUUCACUGUCUGAGUUCAUCCUGUUGGGACUGGCAGAUACUCCUGAGCUCCAGAUUAUGCUCUUCUUGCUUUUUUCGGUGAUUUACACACUUACAGUUGUGGGGAAUUUUGGAAUGAUCCUUCUAAUCAGGACUGACUCCCGACUGCACACACCCAUGUAUUUCUUCCUGGCUAACCUGUCCUUUGUAGACAUCUGUUACUCAUCCUCCAUCACCCCAAAGAUGCUGGCUGAUUUAUUAUCAGAGAAGAAAACCAUCUCUUUCGCUGGCUGCUUUCUGCAGAUGUACUUCUUUAUCGCUCUGGCCACCACCGAGUGCAUCCUGUUUGGGCUGAUGGCCUAUGACCGGUACGUGGCCAUUUGCAGCCCCCUCCUGUAUUCCUUGACCAUGACUCCCGCUGUCUGCCUCAAGAUGGCGGCAGGGGCGUUCACAGCAGGUCUGCUCAACUCCAUGGUGAACACGAGCUACGUGAGCACCUUGUCCUUCUGCAAUUCCAACGUCAUUCACCACUUCUUCUGUGACAGCCCUCCACUCUUCCGGCUCUCCUGUUCUGACACUCGCCUGAAUGAGGGCAUCUUUUCCACUUUUGCCGGAGUGAAUCUGGUCGGGGCUCUGCUGGUCAUUCUCACCUCCUACUCGUAUAUUCUGUUUUCCAUCUUCCGGAUGCAUUCCGGGGAGGGGAGACACAAAGCGCUCUCCACAUGUGCCUCGCACCUGACAGCUAUAAUCCUGUUCUAUUCCACCUCCAUCUACACUUACCUGAGACCAAGCACCAGCUACUCCCUGAUCGGGACAAAGUGGCUUCUGUGUUUUACACAGUGGUGA